AGGCCUCUUGGCUCAAGGCUAGGCUUCAAUCAGUGCAUCGUAAUUCAAGGGCGCGGUCGCACGGGGGCGUUUCGCCCCCGAACGCGUCCCGCCUUUGCCAGAGAGACGCAUGAGACUCGUUCUUCUAGUGCUGCUCGCACAAUGCGAAGCAGUACUCGAUAUCCUUACGGGAUUGAAAAUGCCUCGAGGUUUGGCAUUAGACCUCAAGGAAGGCCGAAUGUACUGGGCAGAGGAUGGCACCAAGAAGCUGAGGAGUGCCACUUUGGAUGGCCAGGAUCUCAGAGACGUGGUGGUCAAGACCGAGGUGCAAGAAGCUCCUCGAGACGUUGCCAUAGACCCUGCGAGUCGGAAGGUCUACUGGACCGCCCUCUGCUGCGGCCUUCGCCGCGCGGAUUUGGACGGGGACAACGAGGAGGUGGUCGCCUCCGCUGAGUUUGCCAGCGGGGUGGCAAUCUUCGAUGACUACGUCUACUGGGCAGACUGGAUGCAUGGCCAGAUCCUCCGUCGCAAGAUGGGUGACUCGGGAACUGAGGAGCCCAUAGUGACGGGCCUGGCGUCCCCGGUGGACGUAGCCCUAGAUGCGUCCUCGAAGAUGAUCUACUGGUCCGACGUGGGCCAGGCCAGAACCCAGCGCGCCUCCGUGGAUGGGAACGGCAUCCAGGUGCUGAACAUGAGCUGGGCCAUCAUGAACACCUACGGAAUGGCCGUGGACCACUUCGCACGGAAGUUGUACAUGGCCGAUUUCGAGAAGACGGGGGAGUUUACAGGUGGCAGCUCGGACUAUGCGGGGCGCAUCAUCCGCACCAACUUGGACGGUUCCAACGCCGAGGUCUUGGUGAGCGAGCCGAGCAUGAGCAUGCCCUAUGGCGUCGCUGUGGAUACCGAACGGGACCAGGUCUACUGGACGGAUCGGAAGGCGGGCAAUAUCCAGCGCCUCUCGCUGAAGUGCGCAGCAGGCGUACAGGAGGUGGCCAGCCGAAUGAACAGCAGUAUGGUCCGCGUGGAACACGGCCCUGCGGACCACGGCAGCUCCAUCCUCGCGCAGUGCCCGGCGGGAUAUAACGGUUCAGUGACCUUGGCCUGCAACAACGACCACUUCACCUUGAACUCGGGGAAGUGCGGCAAGCGCUGCGCUGCAGGCUCUAUGCAAUAUGAGCUGAGCGGGGAGUCGCCGAUGGUCAUCUUGGACCACCCGGAAAUGGACGACGCGGAGGACUUGCAAGCGGGCUGUCCAAGUCCCAUGGUCGGGACUGUGCAGUACAAGUGCCAGGACGGCGAGGUCUUGCUGCGGGAGACGGACUGCCGGCCCGCGCGGAGCUGCGGCGCCGGGGAGUUUCUCUUGGGCCAGGCCCUGGUGAAGCACAGCGCCAUGGACCAUGGCAUCAUGGAACCCAGCAGUUGCCCGGAUGGCUUUGACGGACAGUACUUCCUGCAGUGCGAGGACGGGGAAGUGGUGCCGCGCCACAACUCCUCGUGCCUGGCGCGCUGCGACGUGGCGGGGAGCUUGUGGGUGGACGACGGCGCCGUGGAGGUGUCCCAUGGGAAAAUCAUCGAGGGGGGCAAGGUGAAGGUGGUGUGCCCGACCGGCUCCGCGGGCCAAGGUGUCUACCUCUCCUGCGAGAACGGGUACAUCAACGUCACGGAGAGCACCUGUCGGCGUAGCAGUUACUGCCAGGGCGGAACACUGCAGUCCGGCAACGCGGAGUUGUCCUUCGACAAUUUGGACGACAAGGAGAACGUGCUGUUGCAGUGCCCCGAAGGCUUCACCGGGUCUGUGGACAUCACCUGCCGCAAGGGCGAGAUCCAGAGCGAAGGCGUCUGCUUAGAGGACUGCGCCGAGGGCCUGGCUCAGAUCCAGGGCCUCAGCUUCGAGCACGACGACAUUCCGAACGGACAGAUGGUGAAGCUCAGAUGCCCUGGAGGCUACAAUGGACGCAUGGCCUUCCGUUGCAACGAUGGCAACGUGACGGUGUGCGCCGACUGCUGUCCCACCUGCGCCUGCGUUAUGGUGGAAGAGGACGUGCCUCCGUCAGAACUACCUGUGGCGGCGCUGGCAGCCGGGGUCACGGCCUUGGUGCUGCUCAUGGUCUUCACCAUGGGCGUGCUGCGGCACCGCAUGAUGAAGCGCCGAGCGAUGGCUGCGGCGGUGGCGGCGGCGGUGGGGGACAUCCUUCCUGUGGCCUCCACCGGGCUGCCGAAGGCGGGCAGCGGCAGCGGGCGCUCGAGCACCUCCGCGCCCACGGCGGCCGGGUCCAGCGGCCGCAGCUCGCGGCGCAUCGAGACGGACAUGUUUGAGAUCGUGGUCGACUUGCCCAUGACGGUUCCGCUGUACUGGGCGACGCGGGAUGGGAUCCACAUUUUUCCUGAUCCGAACCGCAUCGCCGAGGUGCAGCACCUCAUGAAUGAGACCUGGGUGCAGCGCUACAGCCGCGACCGGCGCUUGGUGGGAGGCUCCGACAAGGUGCCCACCAGCUGCCGCGUGGCCAACGUGCUGCGGGUGGAGAACCACCGCGCCUACGCGCGCUACAACAGCUACAAGGACGCGGUGAAGAUAAAGAGACCAGGGCCCUGUACCCGCUUCAAGGUUGAGACCAGUAACAAGAUAAACUUGCUGGACGACGACAUCAACGAGAGCUACCUCUUCCAUGGCACAAAUCCAGAAUCCGCCCAGUCCAUUGCCCGGGACUUCUUCCGUGUGGAUCGCGCCGGAAGCUCUACGGGCUCCAUGUUUGGGCGUGGCAUCUACCUGGCGGAGAACGCCAGCAAGAGCGACGAGUACGCCAAGGAGGGCUCCGGAGUCUACCUGGGCCUCUGCGCCAUGCUCCUUUGCCGCUGCGUCAUGGGGGAGGUCCUUACCGUCCCUGAGGCCGCGGAUAUGGAGGAGCCGGCGAAGGCCAAAGGCUACGACUCCGUGUGUGGCGAUCGCUUGGCGGCCGUGGGCACCUUCCGCGAAAUGGUGUUCUUCAACGAAGAGGCCGUUUAUCCAGAGUUUAUCGUCAUCUACACUCGUGCUUUCGAGUGAUCUGUUUCACGUCUCCAUUCGCUCCCUUGAAGGGACAAAACAUUUGCCAUUUCCGAGCGCCCGACUCCCUCGAAACCAUCGAAACU